AUGCUCGACAAGGCGAUACGGGAACUUGAUCAAACACGGGUCAAGCUAGAAAAGCAGGAGAAGACGCUGGUGCAGCAGAUCAAGACGAGUGCAAAGAACGGUCAGAUGGGCGCUUGCAAGAUCCAGGCCAAAGACUUGGUUCGAACCCGGCGAUAUAUCGAGAAAUUCUUUGCCAUGCGAAGCCAGCUGCAAAAGAUUUCACUACGGCUCCAGACAUAUCGGACAAACGAGCAGAUGAUGCAAGCAAUGAAGGGGGCUACGAUGGCACUCGGCAGCAUGAACAAGUCGAUGAACUUACCCCAGCUGCAGCGAAUAGCCAUGGAGUUUGAGCGCGAAAACGACAUCAUGGAGCAGCGACAGGAGAUGAUGGAUGACGCCGUCGACGAUGCCAUGGAUGUCGGAAUUGAGGAAGAGGGAGAUGAGGUCGUCGACCAAGUGUUGGAAGAGAUUGGAAUCGACUUCAACCAAGCCCUUGGCGAAACGCCGACCGCCCUGGGCAGCACUGCCGUAUCCGAAGGCAAGGUGGCGCAAGCUCUUGGCGCUGGCGUUGGAGGCGCUGGCGACCCUGUUGAUGAUGAUCUCCAAGCUCGGCUGGACAGCUUGAAGAAAUGA